AUGUGGCUCCUUAGCACCGACCGCGCUAAGCUCCACUACUAUCACAGUCCAGAGGACGUUCCUGGUGGUUACACUAUCCUGUCGCACGUCUGGGGGAAGGACGAGCAGUUGUUCAAAGCCACUCAGAAGCUGAAGAAACAAUGCAACAAGGAUAGAACCAAUCCUCGCGACCAUUGCUCCGAGAAGGUCCGUCAGAUCUGUAUCAUCGCGGAGAAGGACGACAUGCACUGGGUCUGGAAUGACACCUGCUGCAUCAACAAAGACAGCUCAGCCGAGCUCUCCGAGGGAAUCAAUUCAAUGUACCGCUACUACGCCCUCGCCGCUGUAUGCUACGCUUACCUGGCGGACGUUCCGAGCGACGGGUUCUCUGACGACUUGAAGGCGCCGUUCGCGAAGAGCAAGUGGCACAAGCGCGGUUGGACGCUUCAGGAGCUCAUCGCAGCCACCGUGGUCGAGUUUAUCUCCGCCGACUGGCGGAAGCUCGGCACCAAGAUGGAACACGCAGGCCUCCUAAGCAGGAUCACCAAGAUCCCCGCUGAAGUGCUCCUGAUGGAGCAGCCCGUGAGGAGGUACAGUAUCGCCCAGCGAAUGUCUUGGGCCUACAAGCGGGAGACGAUGCGGGUAGAGGAUCGUGCCUACUCCCUCAUGGGGAUCUUUGCCGUCAAUAUGACGACUAUCUACGGCAAAGGCGAGCGAGCAUUCCAACGGCUGCAAGAAGAGAUCAUGAAACAGUCCAUCGAUCCAUCCUUGUUUGCUUGGGGGGCCUUCCACCGCAUAACUGACAACCACACUCGUUACCCGCUAGCACGACUGGUCCAUGAGCACACUGAGUACAAGUCAUAUCUCCUUGCGGCAUCACCAGACGAUUUUCUUCCAUUGCAUUCAGGCAAGACCACGUUUUUACCAAGUCUCCCUCGAGCGGAAUCACCAUAG